GCCGCCAGCACCGCCGGGGGCCACCAGCCUCACCAUCUUCCUAGCUGGCGGGCAGGGGCAGGUCGUCGGAGGGAGCGUGGUGGGCGCGCUCAUCGCUGCCGGCCCGGUCAUCGUGAUCGCCGCGUCGUUCACCAACGUCGCGUACGAGCGGCUUCCUCUCGAAGAUGAGGAGGCGCCACCGCUCCAGAUGCAGCCACCUGUGUCGCAGGGGCCGGGAAGUGGCGGCGGGACUAACGGUGGCGGUGGUAAUGCUGGGAAUCCGUUCCCGGACCCUUCGAGCUUGCCGUUCUUUAAUCUGCCUCUCAACAUGCCGCAGUUGCCGGUGGAGGGACACGGCGGGUGGUCCGGGAGUGCUGCAGGCCGGCCACCCUACUGAUCGCAGGUUGUGAUACUUGGUCGUAAUUAACCAUCGAUCCAUGGAAUGAGAUCAUCAUGAGAAGAUGGUGGAGCAAAUUCAUGGCCGCAGCAAAGGUUAGACAUGAAUUUAUAAGGAUCUCCAUGGACAACUCCCUCUCUCUCACUCUCUCUCUCUCUUUCUGAUGUUUUGAUCAUUUUUCUCUGGUUGUCUGCCAUCUCCGUGUUGAUGUUCUUGUUAAAUAUUUGUUAUCCAUUAUGCAAACCAAAGUCUUUUUUCAUAAAACAAUGGGUUUGAGAGUACUAGAUGCCCUGGCACUUGGAUUUAACUCGAUCUCUACUUGGAGUACACUAUCUGACCUUCUA